AAUAUAAACAUGUACAGAUACAUCUCAGAAUAAGGAUUCAAAACACCAGCAAUUAUAAAUUCUCUAAAAAUAUUUGUUAGAGAUUUCAAAGAUGUCUCAUCUAUUUCAAUAACUAAAUUGAAUUCAGAAGAAAUUGCAUAAGCCCUUGAAAUUCAUUCCUUAUAAUGGAAUCAAUCUAAAGAUUCUACAAGAAUUCAAAGAGAAUUUAAGUUUAAUACAUUCAAAGAGACAUUUGCAUUCAUGGGAUCAAUUUCUGCAGUUGCUGAUGAAAUGAAUCGUAAUUUAUAUAUUCUAACUAUUUAAUAGACUAUCCUAAAUGGACACAAAAAGAAAAUGUUGUCAAUGUUGAGAUAUCCACAAAUGAUUGUUCUGGUGUUUCAGUCAAAGACAUUCUCUUAGCAUAUACAAUGGAUUAAUUGGCUAAAGAUAUUACAAAUACUUAAAUUAUUUCUGUUUGUGAUAGUCCUAAGGUUGUCGAUUCUCAAAUACUAAAUGCUUGGAACUAAAACUUUUCGAAAACCGAAGAAAUUAUGUAAAACUUUUACAAGAAUACUGCUCAACUUUGAUAUUAUAUUCACAUUAUUUAAAUGGCUAUCAUCUAAAAUGUGUUUAUCUUAAAA